CCAACCUGCUAGGACUAAGAGAACCUGAUGUGCACUUAAGCAAGGCAAACAGGGGCUCAGGAAAUGUUUCUGAAUAGCCAGCCUUAAGGGCUAGAACAGUCCAAAAACAUACUAGACUUAUCCUCUACUUUCUGUGACUAACGGCCUGAGAGUUCAGCCUGGAGAGGAGGCAGGUGAAGGGCAUAAUGAACUGUGAAUAGGGGACCAGACCUGAAACUGUGUCCCCUCUAGACUCAGGGAAUCAUGCCGAUAGAGGACAAGCUCAGUAAGUACUGGACAGUUCUGGAGGGUGUAGCCAGAGAGUUCAGAGCUCAGAAUCUUGGAUACAGAGGAAUUCUGAGGGUGAUUCUGAGAACCACAGUUGGGGAGGGGGUAUUUCAUUGUUCCUGCGUGAAGUAGAACUCUUCCUUUCCACUUAGGUGAAGAGAUGGGCGCGGGAGGCCUCUGGAGAUGCUGCAGUGCUGAGGUGGUCAAGGCCCAACGCGGGGAGUUGGGUGCUGAAGUUAGCUGGUGAGCCAGGAUCCUGUCCCAGAGAUUAACAAACAAAAGCAAAGUGAUUGAAGGAGUAUAUUAAAGGAAUCUGUGAGCCUGAACUAGAAGAAAGAGAAUGCUAUCCCCGGGCCAUGCACUGCAUUUUUGUUGGGGCUCAGAGCCUGUUUCUGAAGAGCUUGAUCCAGGACACCUGCGCCGACCUCUGCGUCCUGGAUAUUGGUCUCCUUGGCAUCCGAGGAAGCGCGGAAGCCGUGGUCAUGGCCAGGAGUCACAUUCAGCAGUUUGUGAAGCUCUUUGAGAGUCAUGAGAACCUGCCCAGCAGCCAGAAGGAGUCCGAGGUGAAAAGGGAAUUCAAACAAUUUGUUGAAGCUCGUGCAGACAAUUAUACAAUGGACUUGUUGCUUUUGCCCACUUCCUUGAAAAAAGAACUCUUGACGCUCACACUAGGUGAAGAGACUCUGUUUGGAACGGGCGAUGGUGACGGCACUGAAAUCAGAGCUUCGAAGCAGACGGAGUUCCCACAGGGUGCUGCCACAGGACAGAAUGUCUCCGCAGACGAGGUGGCUCUGCAGGAAGACGCGAGAAAUAAAGCUGGGACCCCUGUUUCCGAGCUUACGAAGCAAAUGGACACAGUGUUUUCCAGUUCACAAGAUGUUUUCUUUGUUCCUGUAAACGGCCUAACCGCUGAGGAAGAGGCGCUUUGCAAAGGCAGAGCUUGUCACAAAAGGAGGUUUUCCGACUCUGAAGAAAGGCAUACGAAGAAGCAGUUUUCUCUGGAAAACGUUGACGAGGGGGAGCUUGUACCCGAUGGUAAGACGUCAGCUGGAGGUGUCAUCACUGACCUGUCUGACUCGUCCAGUGAUCCUGACGUCUUAAGUCCAGAUGUGAAAGACACCACUGAGGAAAUGGAACACAGUAUCCUGGUGAACUUUUUUAAAACCAUGGGCUACUCCCAGGAAAUUGUUGAAAAAGUCAUUAGGGAGUAUGGGCCAUCUACUGAACCAUUAUUGCUCUUAGAGGAAAUUGAAAAGGAAAAUAAAAGAUUCCAGGAAGACAGAGAAUUUUCAACUGGCACUGUGUAUCUGGAGACCAACAAAACCAAAAAUAAAGAUGUUUGUAGCAGCAUAAAUGAGCUUACAAUGGAUUCUACUCCAAAGAAAACACAAACUCACACACAGCAAAAUAUGGUUAAAAAAUUUUCUCAGUCACCAUUCAAAGUAGAAUCAAAACCAUGUACCUCAAAUUGCAAAAUUAAUGCUUUCAAAACAGUGCCAGUAGAACAGAAACAAGAACCCUGGAGUUCACAUCAGAACUACACUGGGAACGUGGACCUUGAAACCGAUGGCCUUGCACUCUCUGUUGCCCCUUCAAAUCCCAAAGAAGUGAAUUUUGUUUCGAGAGGAGCUUCAAGUCACCAGCCCAGAAUUCCAAGUUUCCCCGAAAAUGGUCUGCAGCAGCACGGGGAACCCUUGCUUCCGCAUCAUCUCAAGUCUGCCUGCGACGCGCAUCCUGGGUGCUGUGGCUCUCCUCAGUCUAAGCCCAGCUGCCAGCCCCUUUCUGCGGCGGCGCUGCUGCCCCAGCUGGCGCUUGCUGCUGCGGACGCGAGGCUGGCAGGGCUUUCUGAUCACAUCGACUCCUCGGUUACGGGGGUUCAAAGGUUCCGAGAUACUCUGAAAGUGCCCUACAAGCUGGAAUUGAAAAACGAGCCAGGGAGGACGGAUCUGAAGCACAUCGUUAUAGACGGGAGCAAUGUUGCAAUUACCCACGGUCUGAAAAAGUUCUUUUCUUGUCGUGGAAUCGCGAUUGCAGUCGAGUAUUUCUGGAAGCUUGGGAACAGAAACAUCACUGUGUUUGUCCCACAGUGGAGGACAAGGCGCGACCCCAAUGUCACAGAACAGCACUUCCUAACCCAGCUCCAGGAGCUCGGCAUAUUAUCGCUGACUCCCGCACGGAUGGUCUUCGGAGAAAGAAUUGCUUCUCAUGACGACAGGUUUCUGCUACACUUAGCGGACAAAACUGGUGGCAUAAUUGUAACAAAUGAUAACUUCAGAGAAUUUGUGACUGAGUCCAUCUCUUGGAGAGAAAUUAUUACAAAAAGGUUGCUCCAGUACACCUUCGUGGGGGACAUAUUCAUGGUUCCCGACGACCCUCUGGGCAGAAGCGGGCCUCGGUUAGAAGAAUUUCUCCGGAAGGAAGUCUUCCCGAGGUAUUUUCUUCAGACUGUCGUGUGUCAACUCGUUUCUCUCCCUUCCCUGUGCUAUGCAAGCAUGUCCCUGGACACGGACGCUGGCCUUUCGUUCCGUUUCCUGAUAGUCUUAGAGUCAGUGCUCGCGUCGUGUGUGCAAGCUGGUCAGGCAAAGCACCCCAGAGACCAGAUCCAUCCUCGUCUGGGUUUUUUGGCUUGGAUCCUUUGGAUGCUAACCCUAGGGGAGGAUGAGGAGCCAGACCUCCUGUGGAUCCAAAAAGACAGCAGGUUUUGCUGGUGGUCACUCACUAACAGAUGCCACUUUGACUCAGUAUGUGUGCCUGAGGGUCUUCACAUCCCUUUCUGGUCACCUGCUGUUACUGCUGUGUUCCUUCAUUCACUGCUCAGGGACCACUGCGUGGUGAGCUGUCACCUUCUGCUCCACGGAGGGAGAGCGGGCGUUCCCCACGUCCGACGGGCUUGACACCCAGGUUUUGUUUGUUGUAGUGUGGGUUUGCUCUAGGGGGCAGGGUCAUUGUUAGCUGCAGUACCCCAUGUGCCUGGCUGGCAGGUCCUGUGAUCCAGUAACAGGUCUCACUUCAAACUAAAACAGGCUGCACUUGUGUGUGUUUCCCAGCAGAUGUCUACACAAGGAAGGCUUUUCUGUGAAUCGUGUCCGUUUACAGGGAGAUCCUUUGGGGCUUCUAGACUUGGAUGUGGUUUGGGGGGUGGCUUCACACACAGGUAUCUUCUGCAGAGGAGACCAGGUGACUUCCUGCCCUGGUCUUGUGAAUCCUUUCUCUUUUGAGCCUUUGGGUUUUAUUACAAAGGAUGAGGACUUGGUACCCGAAGGCCCUGUUUCUUUGCCCCGAGAGAUUGGAGCAUUGUCAGCACCUGCUGAACAUCACACGUCUCGUCUCUUUCCAGCAUCUUACCUUGAAAUCCGCUGCCAGGCUCACGUCCCGAGGCCUGUGUGCAAGUCCAUGGGUCAGACUUAAUGGAAAGAGAGCUCUCUGCUCCCCCCACAACCAGAGCGGCCUGGCAGCAGGGCAGUCUGCUCACCUAAUGGCUCUUGACAGAGGUGCCAACUAAUGGCCGAGGAAGUGAAACACACCCUGUGCAUAUGAGCUGUGGAUGCCACUUUCUCUUCCAGACUUUGGGGACAGAGGGCUGCCCGUCUGCCCACAGGGCUCCCUUUUCUGAGACCUGACAACCAGGACCCCACACAGGGUCAGAAUCUCAGAAGAGUGGGGCCCCGU